AUAGCUAUAUGACGAAUGUAGCUUUUUGCACUCGUCUUACAUAUCAUAUCAGGUGUAUUACAGAAUAUACACCGGCCGAAGUGAGGGUCCACGAGCACUCCAAAAGGGUUCCUACUUUCAACUUUGUACCUUGAAACAAAUAUGGCCUCUAACAACUACGAAUGCAGUAUUUGCGACAUUAUUGGUUCAAAGGAAAAGUUAACAGAGCAUUUCAUCCGAACCCACGUGAGCCUUGACAAGGUUCCCUGGAUAUGCUCACUUUGCGGUUUCAAGGCUGUGUCGCGUCUUCAGUGUAGCAAUCAUGUAGGUCAUUUUCGUCAUAAAAAGGCAUUAGAGCGAAACCCUGGAGGAAAAACCGAGUACAGAAGAUCCCAAUCCCCGUAUGAAGUACAAGUUGGACGAGAUAUUUUCCUUUAUCGUGAGGAUGAACCUGUCUAUCGUCACGGCGUGGACAAGGUCAUCGAUUACAAUCAUAGAUCAGUCGGUAUGGUUGUCGGUAAUAGAUCCAAAGAAGGAGGAGGGAGCACAAUUGAAAGAAGAAAGACAGUGGAGGACAGAGAAGGAAAGGGCGGAGAAAGAAAAGGGAAAUUGGACAGCAGAGAAGAAAACGGCGGAGAAGGAAGAGAGAUAUUGGAAGACAGAGAAGGAAAAGGUGGAGGAAGAAAAAGGAAAUCGGAGGAAAGAGAAGGAAGCACAAUCGAAAGAAGAAAUAUAUCGGGGAAUGGAGAACAGAAUGGCGAAAAAAGGAGACAAAAACACAGAACAUCAGAACCAGACAAACUACAGAAAAAGCCUAAACUGACGUCAUCACGGGGCAAGGACUCAAACACUUUGACCAAACUAGACCGACCAGUCAGUGACACGCAUCAAAAUUUGCGACGGGAAAAUGGACACGUUGUAACCAACGAUUCUGGCGCAAAAGAGAAAACAAACACGAAGAACAAUCUCGAAGAGGAUCAUGGGAUUGGAAUUACCAAGAUCCACAACGAGGCUCAGAAGGCGACGACAUUUUUUACAGAAAGAACAGAAGAACCAGCCAUGUCAUUUAGCAGCGAACAAGGAUAUAACCUCGCAAGUGAACCUGAAGAAUCAGCAGAGGUCAAGGUCGAACCUGACAUUGACACUGAGGGUCAGACAUCACGAAGUGGUAUUGAAGGGGAAUCGGAAGUCAGGGCUCCGUGGGAAGAGGGCGCUCUGGUCGAGAAGAUAACUGAGCUUACCCAGAGUCUCGAACCACUAAAGAACAUCUCAAAGGCCCUCAUCGCUCUGGACCACCACAUGAGACGCCUUUUGCCUCUAGUAAACCAGAUUCUUACUGGACCCCCUUCUUCAACAGCAGGCUUGGGUGCGGUCAGAAAAUGACUGUGAACUCGGGAAGAAAUUCCUACGUUUACUUAUUGGUAAAUGUUGAUGAUGUAGCCCUCAGCAAGCAAAAGAAAUGGUAAACAUGACAUGUUUAGAAUAUUCUUUUACAUUAGCAUCUUGAAAUACUUUUAAAUGUGCUUCAAGCUUCUCUCUAAUGUUUGGUCAGAUUCUCUCAUACGAUCCGUGUAAACUACUAAUAUCUGUCAUCUGUUGACAUGCCUGUCAACAGCUGUCAGCUUUUCAAAAUAUAUAUAUACACACAAUGUAUAGUCUUAACUUUAUGUGUAAUUAGCAUGCAGUUACAUAUUCUUAUCACUUAAUACAGUGAUAUUUUCGAUGA